UAAUCCAGCGUCUAUGGUCGUGAGUCUGUCGUUUGUUUACAUCAUGCGUUUAUCCACUUUUACAAGAUAAAACACCACAUUUAUUGUUUAUUGUGUAAAAUGUGGUCGUGUGGGGGCUUAAAGUUAUUCCGAACGCUUUACUCUGAUCGUGUGCUGAUUUUAAUGUUGUAAAUCUGUUAAAAGAUGAAUCCGUUUCGGAAACUGGUGAGAAAGGAUUGUGAUGAGCUCCUGAACCGCUUCCAGCAAACGGAGUCCGUGCGCUUCGAGACGUUCACUGAAAUCUGGAGGGACAUGAAGUUUGAGCAGAUUUUCUAUGGUACUGCGAGACACAAUAACCGAUUAUUCACUCGUCUGGUUUUGGACACAGCCUACGAGUUCCUGCUUCCUCCGUUCACUUUUCAGAUCCGAGUGGGUGGGCUCUACCUUCUGUAUGCUCUGUUCCACUCUCAGACUGCAAGUCCUCCAGAAAUGAUCCGUUUGGCUCUGAAGGACUGGGAGGAAAUUCUGAAAUUUGAGAAAGAUUCUUUAGGAGCUAAACAUUAUGACGUGGUUUAUAUCCUGAAAAAACUCUUGAAGAUGAAAGCAUUUGUCUUCACUGCAAUGCCCCGACUGCUUGUGUUUGAGAGGAAGAAGACGACUCAGAUGUCUCCAGUCUGUGAGAACUUCAUGGAGCGGCCCUCAGCUCCUCAGACUCUCAUCAGUAACAACCUGCUUGAGGAGAUGUCAAAUGUCCACAGGCUUUAUGAAAAGCUGAAGUCUUCAGUCUGUCCUCAGUCUGAUUCCAGUCUGAGUCUGGUCCAUUCAGACUUGACCCAAAACCUCCAAGAGACCGUGCUGGACUUCUACAAGUGGCAAAAGAACAAGAAUGUUUCUUUUCAGGGUUCAGGGUCGAGUCGAGAUGAAGACAGCGGAGAGGGACCUUCCACUCAACAGGAGAGUUCCAGAAGAGCAGAUCUUUUGGCAUCCAUCAAGUCCAAAGCAUAUGGACAGGCAGCAGAGGCAUCGAAGUCUCGACGGCAUCGUGUGGUAGAGGUAGAUCAUGUGACCAAACCAGAACCAGGCUCCGCCCCCUCAACUCGUUAUGAAAGAAUUAAACGGAAAACUCUGAAAUACAGGGCCACCAAAAACGUCCAAGUGUCAGGGGACGUGUGGAAACAUGCUUUUUCUAAAACUAGAAUUAAUCAUCUCACUGCUCGGGAUAAUGAAAAGCCUCCUCGACGCUUCAAGAAAUUCAAAUGGAAAAUCGAAGACGACUGAAAUUCAGCUGUUAUAUUGUAUUUAAUGCAUAUAAAUGUGGUGUUGUUUUAUUUUUUUACCCUGCUUUUAUACAGAAAAAUAGGCUGUAAAACCACAAAUGAUGAACACACACAAAAACACACAUUGAUGUGUAAUUUGCAUGAAAUUAAAAAUUUUUAAGCUUGAUUCUUAUUUUAACAUGGUGGGUUUUUUUUUGUUUUUUUGUUUUUUGUUUUUUUUUUUGUUCUGGUUUGCUUUUUAGUCCAUGUUAAGAUCUGGUUUAGACCUAGUUUAGUCCUGGUUGCCAAAUGCUGUAGAUUUCUUUUAUAAUAAUAAAUCAUUUCUCUUUGGUUA